UUCCUCUCCCUGCCUCAACCCUUCCCUCUUUCUCUUCCGAGUUUAAAGCUGCCGCUGAUUUCUCUCGUGGUUUUUUUUUUUCUUUUUUUUCUCUUUUUUUAAUUUUCUUAAGUAGCCAUAGGAUGAGGAAGCUAAAGUUUCAUGAGAAAAAACUGUUGAAGAAAGUAAAUUUUUUGGAAUGGAAAAGAGAAGGUGGUCACCGGGAGAAUCUCAUUCUGCAUCGUUAUCAUGUCACUGGUCGUGACGAUUAUAAGAAAUAUUCCAGUUUGUGCCGGAUGGUCCAGAAAUUGGUGAAUAUAUUGAAGCAGAUGGAUCCUCGAGACCCUUUUCGGAUCGAGAUGACUGAUUUACUGUUAGAGAAACUAUACAAUAUGGGCGUAAUCCCGACCAGGAAAAGCUUGGCUCUAUGCGAUCGGUUAUCAGUGUCAUCUUUUUGUAGGCGUAGGCUCUCAACUGUGUUGGUGCACCUAAAGUUUGCAGAACACUUGAAAGAAGCAGUCACGUAUGUUGAGCAGGGACACAUUCGUGUCGGUCCAGAGACAGUGACAGACCCGGCAUUCCUUGUAACAAGGAACAUGGAAGACUUCAUUACAUGGGUAGACACAUCGAAAAUACGGAGGAAGGUGUUGGAAUACAAUGAGAAGUUGGAUGAUUAUGAUGCAAUGAACUGAAACCUUUUUCAGGAGCAUUUUUCACCGUACGUAAAACUCUUCCAAGUCAUGGGUCACGGUGAUACAUAAUUCUUCUGUGUUGCUGUGAAUUGAGAGACCCAUUAGAUCAUCCAAUGAUAUAGGUGUCUCAUUCUGUUUCUGUUUACUAUUAUAUUCUUAGUUUUGUCUCUAAAGGGGAGUGAGGGUUUGCUUUGUUAUUUUAGGCACCUUUUUGUUGGGUUUUAUUUCUAUUGGCAUGUUUUAUGUUACAAGUUUUAUUUAUAAUUUUAGAUGAUAAAGUGUUUGAAUCUUGGUUUUUAUAUUGGUUGAUAAUAAAUUUGAAUAGGAUUAUAAGGGUC